AUGAGCUAAUUCACUUUUAUGAAGAAGUAUUUAUAAAAAUAGACAUCUGAAACUAAAAUGCACUGCGAACCUUUAAUAACUUUGACUAUUGAACUAGAUGAAAAUAAAUAUAGUCAAAUUAACAUAUAUGAAGAUUCUAAUCCAGAAAUAUUAGCAUCUAAUUUUGUUACAGAUAAUUACUUAAGUGUAGCUUAUGUUGAACCACUUAAAUAAAAUAUCAUCUAAUAAAUGUUGAUGUAUGACUAAAUGAAAGUAAAUACAUUGAUUAAAACAAUAGAAAUAAGAAAAAGAGAAAUAACCUCUAACUCAAUGGGAAACUGUUAAAAAAUAACAAUAAAAUAAAGAAAAUUAACAAUUAACACCAACUAGAAAUUUGAACACUAAAAGAUGUACUCCUGAAAAGUCUCUGUAGUCUAAUUUAAAAUCAGAAAGAAAUCUAUCUAGAAAUAAAAGGUUUUAAACAGAAGAUAUGAAUAUUCAUGAAAGACUUUACUAAUAAGCUAAAUAAACUAAUAACAUCAAAUAAUAAAAAAAAGAACAAGAAUAAAUAUAAAUAUAAACAUAAAAGUAAAAAGAUCCAAAUCUCACUUUUAAACCAAAAAUUAAUAAUACUAGUUCAACCAAUAAAAGUAAGAGUCCCUAAUCUAAUUAAAAUUAAUUUUAUCUGCAGCCAACUCAAUAAAAAUAAGUCUAACUUAAAAGUCCCAGACUCAAUUAAUUGUAUUAAAACAAAUCAUUUGAAUUUUUGAUUCCAAAAAAAGAAGUUAAGAUUUCUAUAUUGGAAAAUGAAGAGAGUGUGACUUAGUUACCUAAAACAUAAGAUUCUCCGAAUGUAUCAUUUUCUGAAGAGAGUUAGUUUAAAAACGAUAGUCCUUAUACUUCAGCCUAAGAGGAGAAUUCAUUAUAUUAAGCAACAAAAGAUUCAGAUGAAAGAAUAGUAGCAAAAUUAUUUACAAUGAUAGAAUCAAAUAAUGUAGUAGAUGCACGCAAUAUACCUUACGAAAAGUUUAAUUAUUAAUUAAUAGUUGAGCUAAGAUUACAUUUUCAAAAAAAUGAUUUCAAAAUUAUGAAUUGUGAAUAGUUUUGUUAGAGUGUAUUGAGAAAUUCAAAACUAAUCAAAGUAUUUAUAAUUUAUUUUUUAGUUUGCUACUGAUUUUUUCAAAUAUGAAAAUGUUUAAUACUAAAAUACUUGUUAUUAUCAUUGA